CCUGGCCAUGGUCACUGGCCGCGGCAAGUCCGAUCGAGUGAUUCGGACUCCGAAUCACUCAUACCGCAAGAUCAUCCAUCCGUGUAGCAGUCCGGCUGCCAGUAGCUGCCACUCCUCACUUGCAAUUGCAUCUACGUAGAUCGCUAUUUGAUUUCGAACGAGCCAAGAGAAAUCAUGGCGGAAAAGCUAUAAGAAGUUGUCUUCGCGAUCACAAGCGUUCUCAGGCCCUCACCUAUCGGAUUCCCUCGUCAUGCUAUCCAUCUUCCUUUUAUCUCUUCUUGUGCUGAUCAAUAUCAAUAUCAGCCCGCUUGCCGCUCAUUCUAUUUCCGCCCGUUACACUAAGCCCGUUGUAGCCACUUGGUACGCUGGAUGGCAUGCGACUGAAGGUUUCCCGCUUUCUUCAGUCAGCUGGAACAAGUACAACACGAUGUACUACUCAUUUGCAGAGACCACUCCGAGCGUCACUAGCCUGAGCCUGGCAGGCUCUGAUGGUGAGUUGCUCCCUAAAUUUGUUUCUGAGGCCCAUGCACAUGGUGUUGAGGCCCAUAUUGCUGUCGGAGGCUGGACUGGGGGUGUUUGGUUCUCUUCUAACCUCGCCACUGCCAAAAACCGGACGGCGUUUGUCAAAACUGUCGUAGAUUUUGCUGUAAAGUACAAGCUUGAUGGCAUCCAAUUCGACUGGGAGUCCCCGAACGAUCAGGGAAUCGGGUGCAACACCAUUAGCGUGCACGAUACCGCAAAUUUCCUCGCAUUCCUCCAGGAGCUUCGCCUAAACCCAGUAGCAGCAAAGCUCACCCUCUCGGCCGCUGUAGGACUGGCACCCUUCUUCAAUGCUGCCGGAAGCCCUUUGACUGACGUCACUGGGUUUGCGAAAGUCCUCGACUACGUCGCCGUGAUGAAUUACGACGUCUGGGGUUCUUGGUCCUCGACUGUGGGGGCUAACGCACCGUUGAACGAUUCCUGCGCCGCGACCGCCAACCAACAGGGCUCUGCUGUCUCUGCAGUCAAGGCUUGGACGGGCGCAGGGAUGCCAGUCGACCAGAUCGUACUCGGUGUUGCUUCCUACGGUCACUCAUUCAGCGUUUCUCCCUCCAAAGCCUUCGUAUCCCACAAAAAAAAGCUAGUUGCAUACCCCGCCUUCGACACCAAACACCAGCCCUUGGGUGAUAAAUGGGAUAACACCGGGGGCCUCGAUGUUUGUGGCGUUUACGAGGGCUCAGGUGGCACCUUCAACUUCUGGGGUCUCAUUGACAACGGUUUCCUCACCAAAAAAGGCGGGCCUGCUCAUGGUAUCUAUUACAGAUAUGACACCUGCAGUCAGACGCCAUAUGUGUACAACGAGACCUCGCAAGUUAUGAUCUCCUUCGACAACGUCGAAUCGUUUGCUGCUAAGGGCAAAUAUAUCAAGGACACUAAGCUGCGCGGUUUUUCGAUGUGGGAGGCGGGUGGUGAUUACAAGGAUAUGCUCCUCGACUCUAUCAUCGAAGCUUUCGGGUAUCACCAUUAGAUCGUCUCUGCUGUUGCAGGUUCGGGACCACGGUGCCGAAUCACAUUCGUUGACAUAGAUUACUACGUACGUUGCAUAUUUUAUCACAGACACGCUCUUUGUCAUUCUAUCAGCGCUUAUUAGCUGUCUGAAAUGACCCUUCAUUUGUUCAGUGUGGUCGCCGCUGCAUCUUUCGUUACAUGGUUACAGUCACCUUACAGUUUAAGUAGUUAG